CAUCACCGCCCUCAUCUACUUCCGCGAAAUGAAAACAGCAGCACGCAGCUGAGCCGAGCACGCGUUCUACUUUCGGUAUCAUUUUCAGGGAAAUCGAGUUGUUUGUCCACUUUGUUGUUGGGCGGGACAUGUCUGCUGCUGAACCGUAGAACCACAGCCAAUUAAAUUAUCGUUUUAAUAAUGCCAGCUAGUUUUAACCAGUCGGUUUCACAAUGGCCGUGGUGGUUCUGAACACGCAAGGCUGGGUUUUAGAUGCACGCUCACUCAUUGAUCAGGGGUAUUCGCGUUGCAUCCGAUUUAGAAAUAAUAAUCAAAAGUCACAUAUAAAGUGCCUUUUCAAAAGGCAGUGUUUUCAGAAUGUAAAAAUCCAUUAUAGUACCAGUGCUACCGUGGAUGGAGGGAACACGGAUAUGUUGCAGAAAACAGACAAACCGUCAAAGAAAAGGAAACGAAAACACAGUGAACUCAACCAGGGGGAAGUUGAUUCACAGGCCUUCCAUGAGAAGAUCAGGUCUGUGGUCCUGGAGGGAACCAAGUCCUUGGUGGACUCUGCCCGAUCCCUCGGAUAUCUAAACAGUGCAACAGACACAGUGAAAGAGCCUCUUCCCUCUCAGGAGUGCAGCCUCGCAGCUCUUUCUGAAAUGGCUAAAGAGCUUCCUCUAGUGGACGAUGACGAGCACGAGGAGUGUGUUCAGAUACUUGUUGCUGAAGAUGGCCGUACGUCACAUGUCGACUUGUUCUCUCGGGUAACAGAGAACAGGGCGGACUGGGCUACAGUGGUCACACUGAUGGGAGAGGAAUAUGUAAUACCACCACACACAGCCUUCCUGCUUUCUGAUUUCACAAGAAUACAGCCCCUAGUCCACUAUGAAAGGAGGUUUGACUUAAUAGUUAUGGAUCCACCGUGGGAAAACAAGUCUGUGAAAAGGAGUCGCAGGUACAGCUCUUUGCCCUCAUCCCAGCUCAAACGGCUCCCCAUCCCCCUACUGGCCUCCAUGAACUGUUUAGUGGUCACCUGGGUCACAAAUCGGCCCAGCCACCUGCGUUUUGUCCGUGAUGAGCUGUAUCCACACUGGGGGGUAGAAGUUGUGGCCGAAUGGUUCUGGGUCAAGGUAACCACAUCUGGCCAGUUUGUGUUUCCACUGGAUUCACAUCAUAAGAAACCUUAUGAGGUGCUGGUGCUGGGCCGAUAUCGUUCUGCUGCAGAUGACACCACAAGCUCCUCAGAGACGUCAGAGGUUCCUGUGGAGGAUCAGCGUUUGGUUGUCAGCGUCCCAUCAGCUCUCCACUCCCAGAAGCCCUCCCUCUCAGAGGUGUUGAAGCCCUACAUCGGAGCUGAAGCAAAGUGCUUGGAACUGUUUGCCCGAAGUCUUCAACCUGGUUGGACCAGCUGGGGCAACGAAGUGCUGAAAUUUCAGCACACAAGCUAUUUCACUUUGACGCCUACAGAUGACGUCCCAAAAGACGAGGCUGCAGAUGACUGCACAGACAAACCCACACUCACACCAGUGUUAAGUUCACCUGGAGAAUCCUCUCGUCACGGUCACUGUCCCACCACUGUGGACUAAUGACAGACCUUCAACAUGUGUCUCAUCAGUACUUCAGUGUGUAAUUAAUAAAGAUUCAACACCAGAAUACUUCUA